AUGUGCACGGCCGUGGGAGUGGCUGAAGGAGUUUCCGACUUCCUGGCGAGCCUGGGUGACCCUGAGACGUGGGGCCACCGUAUCGCGGGCUACUCGGGCGAGUGCGUCGUCGAGCUGCCCCCGGACCGCAAGUCCAAGACCGCGAAGGACGAGUCGCACAUCGUGUUGGUCAGCAUUUCCGACGGGAUAUGGGGCGCGGCCGUGUCGCUGGUCCGCGCUGGCUUCGCCAUCGGCGGGUACCUGGGCAGCGAGGUCGACAACGGAGCCUGGCGAGUCCUACGGUGUCGCUGGCUGGGCUGA